AUUUUGAACAUCUAAUGAUGCUUGGGCUAUUGGGUAGGGAUAGCCUGUUCAUUCCAACAGCCUACCCUUCUCCGCUAAAAGACACCGUGUUGGCGGAUGACUGAAGUGGCGUCCUGCCUGUAGGUGAAAGCCGAGUAGACUAGACAAGAUAGUCCUUGCUUUACCCGACUAUGCUAUUUCGCACAUCAGUAAGCCUGUAGGCAGAGGAACGGUACCGUGCUGUUUGAGAAAGGAGAGCAGGCCUAAGGCGGUAGCGUUUGGUUAGGUGGAAAUAGGCCUACUGCAGUUCUCGGUGAAUUUAGUGAGAUCAUUUUCCCAUAACGAUGAGGGCGGGGUCUGGGAGCAUCACGGAUCUCAGUGCAUUGAAUGGUUGCUGAUGCUGCGAGGAAGAGGAAAAAUGUAGGACCAUGGUGAAUGAUUUGGAACUGGAAGAUCUUGAUUCAUGCCGGAAAUUAAUUACACGGUCUACUGUCUCCUAGGAAUAUGAAGAAGAGGAAGAACUGGAAACUUCAGCUGGAAUUCUUUAAAGCAGUGGAAAUGGAUUAAAUGAACGUCUCUGAGGAGCAAUUGUAGCAACGCAUCGUCAUGGCGAAGAAGGGCCGUACUAAGGGCGAAAAGCCCGAAGCGCUAAUUUCUGCCCUACAGGCAGCCAAUGAAGACCUCAGGUCGAAACUGACUGACAUUCAAAUUGAACUGCAUCAGGAAAAAUGCAAGGUGACUAAGCUGGAGCGUGAGAAGGUCCAGGAGGCCAAGCGCAUCCGUGAGCAGGAGCAGCACCGGCACACGGCGGCCCUCACGGAGCAGCGGGCCAAGUGGCACGAGGAGAAGAUGAAGGAGCUGCAGGCGCUGCGGGAGAGCCUGGUGCGUCAGCACGAGCAGGAGCUGCUGCGCCACGCCAAGAUCAAGGACGGCGAGAUCCAGCGGCUCAAGGCGGCUAUCAGCGCCAUGCGCGACGGCAGCGGCGAGAAGGUGCGCACGGCACUCACCCUGGAGGCCAAGGAGGAUGCGCGCCGCUUCUUCGACCAGGAGCGCGUCAAGCUCCUGCAGGAGAUCGCCGAGCUCAAGUCCACCAAGAAGCAGACGGACGAGGCGCUCAGCACCAUGAUCCAGGCGGACAAGAUGAAGGCGGGGGACCUGCGCACGGAGCAUCACAUGCACCAGGAGCAGAUCUCCAAGAUCAAGUGGGACUGCGAGAAAGACAUACGCAGGCUGGUGGAUGAGAUCAAAGCAAAGGACCGCACCAUCUUCGCCAUGGAGAAGGAGCUGGAGUCGGCCACGGGCUUCGUGACGAAGCUGCAGCUGCAGAAGGACUUCUUGGACGAGCAGCUCUUCCUGGUGAAGGAGGCGGAGUGCAACUUGGGCAGCCCCAAGAGAGAGAUCCCUGGGCGGGCCGGGGACGGAGCCGAAUACUGUGGGAGCCCCGACAUGCGAAGGAAUCAAAGGCGUGUGGCUGAGCUGAACUCCACCAUCCGGAAGCUGGAGGAUCGUAACACACUGCUGGGCGAAGAGAGAAAUGAGCUGUUAAAACGUGUGCGGGAGUCAGGGAAACAGUGCAAACCCCUCUUGGAGAAGAACAAGCUGAUGAAUAAGAGGAACGACGAGCUGACCCAGUCCUUACAGCGCUUGGAGGAGAAACUGAAGGGUCUGGCCAAGGAGAACCUGGAGAUGAAAGAGAAAAUCAGCUCUCAUCCUCCACUGAAGAAACUGAAGUCCUUGAACGACCUUGACCAGGCCCACGAUGACCAGGAGAUUGAGUUUCUCAAACUCCAGGUUGUCGAACAGCAGACCAUGAUAGAUGAACUGACAAGAGACAGGGAGAAACUGCUGAGGAAAAAGAGACAUAAAAGGAGUUCCAGGCCCAUCAAGAGGCAUAUUGUUGUGGACACGUUCUUUGGGUACGAUGAGGAGUCGAUGGAUUCCGAGACAUCAUCAGUAGCCUCCCUGAGGAUGGAUAGGACUCCUGCUACACCAGACGAGGAUUUGGAUGAGGGUCUGGCGGCUGAGGAGGCGGAGCUGCGCUUUCGUCAGCUGACGCGGGAGUACCAGGCUCUUCAGCGGGCCUACGCGCUCCUGCAGGAGCAGAAGGGGGGCGUGCUAGAUGCAGAGAUGGAGGCCAAGGCUCAGGUUCAGCUCCAUGCAGAUGUGCAGCGCUACCAGGCCAAAAUCGAGGACCUGCAGAGGGAGCUCACGCACAAAGGACAGGACUCCAAAUGGGUGGAAGAGAAACAGCUGUUUCUGCGACGGAACCAGGAGCUCCUGGAGAAGGCGGAGAAGCAAGAUGGUGAGCUCAGCAGACUUCAUCAGGAACUACAGGACUCCAAGGACCAGAAUGAGCUCCUGGAAUUCCGUAACCUGGAGCUGGAGGAACGAGAGAGAAGGUCUCCUCCGUUUAACCUGCGGAUCCACCCCUUCGCUGAAGGCGUCAGUGCUCUCCAGAUCUACUGCAUGAAGGAGGGGGUGAAGGAUGUUUGUAUUCCUGAUCUUAUUAAACUCCUGGACAUACUGGGAGACAAUGGGAACUUACGGAAUGAAGAACAAGUAGCCAUCAUUCAAGCGAGCACUGUGCUCUCUCUUGCGGAAAAGUGGAUACAGCAGAUCGAAGGAACAGAGGCGGCUCUACAUCAGAAAAUGAUGGACCUGGAGCUGGAGAUGGAAAUGUUCUGCAAGCAGAAAGGUUAUUUGGAGGAGGAACUGGACUACAGAAAGCAGGCUCUGGACCAGGCCUACAUGCAAAUUCAGGAGCUGGAGGCCACCCUGUACAACGCCUUGCAGCAGGACAAGGUGAUCAAGUACGGGGAGCCUCUGACGGACACGCAGAAGGACGAGCUGCGCACGGCCGUGGAGAAGCUCCGCAGGCAGAUGCUCCGCAAGAGCCGAGAGUUCGACUGCCAGGUGCUGCAGGAACGCAUGGAGCUGCUGCAUCAGGCCCACCAGAGGAUACGUGACCUGGAGGAUAAAACAGACAUCCAGAGGAGACAGAUUAAGGACCUUGAGGAAAAGUUUUUAUUUUUGUUUUUAUUCUUUUCUCUUGCCUUUAUCCUUUGGCCUUGAUGUCUGUGACAUCAGCUGCUGCUCAGGUGAGUUCUUCUGAGACGUGUCAUCACGAGGGCCAGACCAUCUCACCUGAGUCCCCACUGUGUCUGUUGUUCCUCUGUGUCACUGCUCUUUCAUUCUUUCAAGAAAGGUUUAGAGAAUGUGAUGAUGUCGCUGUGGAUCCACUGUUGGGCCAAAUUGUAAUAUGCCACUAAAUGCUUUGAACAUUCAUCCUAAUUACUAAGGAGAUGGGUCAGUGCUCGCUAGACAUCAUCACACAUCCCAAACACACCAUCAGUAGGGCAAUGCUAACCUGUCUUGUCUUUUGCUUUGCUGUAUAGUGCUCUUGUGUUCUUCUCUGGUAGAGCUUACAUC